UUUGGCUUCACCGGAAGUGGUCAUUAAAAAGUUGUGCUUUACUUCCUGCUGUUAGUUUAGUUUCAUCAGCCGCGUCCAUUUGCGCACACAUUUCACUCCAAUCGAGUUUUCAGCCCCCGGUGCUUCGGAAUGAUGGGAGACGGUGUGACAGAGUUCUCGGCGAGGCAGGAGCAGCAGGAGCACGAGAUAAAGAGUCUCUUCGCAGAGAUCGAGUGUCUGAAGAAUCCCCAAAAGUUGAGUCCAUCUUCACAUUUAGAUGAUUUACGAGAGGAAAACUCCAGGCUCAAAUAUCGCCUCAACAUCCUCAAGAGGAGUCUCCAGGUGGAAACCCCUCAUUGCGAGACCUCGAUGAUGAACAUCAACCAGCGGCUCCAGGAGAUUUUUGGCGAGGCCAUCCGGGCUUCUUGCCCAGAACUGGACAGCCCGCCGCUGGCCGUCACGCCCAACCAGCAGGCCAAGUUUGGAGACUACCAGUGUAACAGCGCCAUGGCCAUGGCCCAGAUGUUGAAAGCAAAAGGUAUGAACGUCAACCCGAGGGAGAUCGCAGAGAAGAUAAUUCGGAACCUUCCGGAAAACGAACUCGUCGAGAAAACCGAAAUCGCAGGACCAGGCUUCAUCAACAUCCACCUGAAGAGAGCGUUUGUGUCUAGGCUGUUAAGCAACCUGCUGGUCAACGGUGUGCAGCCACCCCCACUGGCCUUCAGGAAGCGGGUCGUGGUGGACUUCUCGUCUCCCAACAUCGCCAAAGAGAUGCACGUAGGUCACCUGCGCUCCACCAUCAUCGGGGAAAGCACGUGUCGACUCUUCGAGUUUCUGGGCUACGACGUGGUCAGGUUGAACCAUGUUGGAGAUUGGGGGACACAGUUCGGCAUGCUCAUCGCACACCUCCAGGACAAAUUCCCAAACUACCUGACGGUGUCGCCGCCCAUCGGGGACCUGCAGGCCUUCUACAAAGAGUCCAAGAAGCGUUUUGACGAGGAGGAGGACUUCAAGAAGCGAGCGUACCAGUGUGUGGUCAGGCUGCAGAGCAAAGAAGCAGAGUUCCUCAAAGCCUGGAACCUCAUCUGUGACGUCUCCAGGAAAGAGUUCCAGAAAGUUUACGACUGUCUGGACGUACACAUCACAGAGCGAGGGGAGUCGUAUUACCAGGACAUGAUGAAGGAGGUGGUAAAGGAGUUUGAUCAGAAAGGCCUGUCCGAGAUGGACGAGGGUCGCAAGAUUGUGUUCGCCCCGGGUCAGUCCAUCCCACUCACCAUCGUCAAGUCGGACGGCGGCUACACCUACGACACGUCGGACCUCGCCGCCAUACGCCAGCGGAUCUUCGACGAGAAGGCAGACAUCAUCAUCUACGUGACGGACAGCGGGCAGGCCACACACUUCCAGGUGGUGUUUGCUGCCGCUAAGAUGAUCGGCUGGUAUGACCCCGAGGUGACCCGUGUGGAGCAUGCGGGCUUCGGAGUGGUGCUGGGCGAAGACAAGAAGAAGUUUAAGACUCGCUCUGGCGAAACGGUGCGGCUCAUGGACCUGCUGGAGGAGGGACUGAAGAGAUCCAUGGACAAACUUAAAGAUAAAGAGCGAGACAAGGUUCUGACCCCCGAGGAGCUGAUAAAAGCUCAGCGGUCGGUUGCGUUCGGAUGCAUCAAAUACGCCGACCUCUCUCACAACCGCAUCAACGACUACGUCUUCUCUUUCGACAAGAUGCUGGACGACCGCGGCAACACGGCGGCGUACCUCCUCUACGCCUUCACUCGCAUCAGGUCCAUCGCUCGCUUGGCGAACAUCGACGAGGCCACGCUGAGGAAGGCGGCCGAGACCACCGAGGUCCUUUUGGACCACGAGAAGGAGUGGAAGCUGGGGAAGUGCAUCCUUCGCUUUCCAGAGAUCCUGCAGAAGAUUCUGGACGACCUGCUGCUGCACACGCUCUGCGACUACCUGUACGAGCUGGCCACCACCUUCACCGAGUUCUACGACAGCUGCUACUGCGUGGAGAAGGACCGGCAAACAGGUGAGGUGGUGAAGGUGAACAUGUGGAGGAUGCUACUCUGUGAUGCGGCGGCUUCCAUAAUGGCCAAAGGUUUUGACAUCCUUGGCAUUAACCCGGUCCAGAGGAUGUGAGCCUCGCUACAUUUCUGUAUGAUCAAAUCACUCAUGAUUGAGGACCUUUUUUUUAUUAAAAAGAAAUAUUGAAACCAA